GGAAAUUCUCCUUUCAUUGGUCUCCAAUUAUUCCAUAUUAUUAUUAGGCAUAGCUGGGUUGCUUUUAGUUUUCUUGAGCAUGACAUCAUGGGGGCGAAUGAAAAAGAACAAUACUAAGGUGCUACUGCCACCGGAGGCUGCCGGUGCAUGGCCUCUGAUUGGGCAUCUCCGGCAGCUAACCGCCGUGAAGCAACCGUUGGCUCGAACAUUGGGAGCGAUGGCUGAUGAGUACGGACCCAUAUUUACCAUCCGGGUCGGGAUGCAACGGUCGGUCGUCAUCAGCAGCUGGGAAACCGCCAUGGACUCUUUCUCUACUAACGAUAAGAUCCUUGCCAGUCGCCCCUCUUCGUGUGCUGGAAAGUAUAUGGGGUAUGAUUACGCCGUAUUGCCAUUGGCGCUUCACGGCCCAUUAUGGCGGAGCAUGCGGAAGCAGAUGGUGGGAGAAAUGCUCUCAAACAACACGCUUGAGAAACUAAAGCCUGUUUGGAUGUCGGAAUUGCACACCAACCUCAAAGAACUCUACACUAGUACCGCAGGGGCAUCAAAGCCGGUGAACAUAAGUGAAUGGUUCAGGCACUUGACGUUGAAUUUAAUAGUUAAGCUGAUCAGCGGGAGCCGAUACAAGUACCCGCCAAACAAGGCUGUCGACGGUGAAGAGACAAGCCGUUUGGUUAAAGCAUUCGCCGACUUUAAUCGCCUUUCCGGGGAGCUUGUUCCCGGAGAUGCAUUUUACCCGACCGGGUUGUUCAGGUGGUUGGAUUUUGGCGGAAAGAUUGCGUCCAUGAAACGAACCGCUAAAGAACUCAAUGGUGUCUAUCAGAAAUGGUUGGAUGAGCAUGUGGAGAGGCGGAGAUCCAACGCCGCCGCUGGCGACGGCGUUGAGGAUGAUCGGGACUUUAUUGACACUUUGCUUUCCGUCUUUGACCGGGAAUUUCAGUCUGUGGGCCAUUCUUAUUCUCCCGAUACCAUCAUCAAGGCAGCAUCACAUAGUGUGCUAGUAAACGGAGCAGACACGUUGGGCCUUAAUUUGGAAUGGGUUUUGUCCAUUCUACUAAACAACCCAAUUGCAAUGAAGAAAGUCCGAGAAGAGAUAGACACGGUAAUCAACGACAAUGAAAGAUGGGUACAAGAAUCUGACAUUGAACAAAUGGUGUACUUCAAAGCUACCGUCAAAGAAAUCAUGCGGCUGUACCCACCAUCGCCUCUUCUAUCCCCACACAGAGCCAUCGAAGAUUGCACCGUUGGCGGGUAUACUGUCACCAAGGGUACCAUCUUGUACCCCAACGUGUGGAAGUUACAACGGGACCCGCGGGUGUGGUCGGAGCCGGAAAAGUUCUUGCCGGAGAGAUUCCUCGGGCAUGAUGAAAGAGAGACUGAUCCGGGCAAGUAUUUUGGGUUCAUUCCAUUUGGGAUCGGGAGACGAUCAUGUCCCGGAACUUCUUACGCUUUGAAAGUGACCCAUCUCACCAUUGCCCGUUUGAUCCAAGGGUUUAUCAUCACAACUCCGGGGAAUAUGCCAGUGGACAUGUUGGAAGGGAUAUCCAUCACUCUCAUUAGAGAAACUCCAUUACAAGUGUAUAUUAGUCCUCGACUACCAUCUUCCUUUUAUGAAUAAGUAGUUUGAUUCGCCAAAUGAUUCUAAAUAAUAUCCCUCCCUCUGCUUAUUUAGUGUGCUUAAAUUAUGUCAAAGUUAAUCAAGUGUUUGUUGUUCUUCCCCUUUGAUUGAAAGGAAGGGUUAAUAAAUUUAAUCAUUGGUGACUUCUCAUUAUUUGAUUAUGGGUUGCUCUUGUACCAUUAGAAUAACUAAAUGAAGUUCCAUCUUUAGUAGUCUCUUGAUUGUGAGAGUAGCAAGUAGCAACAAAAUUUGUACAUUCCCCUUUUGAAUGAAUCCAUUUUCAAAUCCUCUUUUACCCC